AUGCCAGAGCCUGUGCCAACAGGUGCAAAUACUAUUACGCGGACUACGAAGUUUUGUCUCACUCGAACACCCUCUGGUUUGGGCUCCGGAGACUACAUGGCUUUAUCUGAUUACAAUGCGAACGCUGCGGGCGCACAGCAAGCUGUUCCCCAUGAAUCUGAUCUCCUCCAUGCUCAGAACUCGUUGAUCGUUUCACUCCCAGACGAAGGACUGGGGUUUGAUGCGACUCUUGAACAUCUAACGACGGACAUUGCUCCAGGGUUCCACGGAUCUAAUCGCUGCCCCACGUACUACGCGUAUACCACGGGGGCGGUGACCGACGCGGCAUUGUUCGCCGACUGGUUAGUCAGCCAGUACGACCAAAAUGUCUCCGUUCAUCUGCCCUCUGAGACCGUGGCCACAACCUUGGAGGCAAUCACUCUGAAAUUAUUACAGCAACUUUUUUCUAUCGACGAACUCGAGUUCACUGGCAGAGUCUUCACCACGGGGGCCACAGCUUCCAACCUUAUUGGACUGGCUCUCGGCCGAGAAUAUGUCAUUCGUGAGGCUGGCCGGCGCAAACGUGUCCCGUCUGCAGUCAGUGUUACAAAGUCCGGCUUUCUGGAAGCCUGCGUCAAAGUGGGAGCGCCAGGGAUCCAGAUCAUUGGAACAGUUCCCCAUGCGUCGAUGUACAAAGCGGCUUCGAUUGCAGGGAUCGGCAGAGACUCGUUUACAUUGCUUCCGCUGAGCGAUGAGCAGCCGUGGAGAUUUAACGUAGAGGCGCUCGAAGCUCAUCUCUCGCGUGGACCCCCGGCCAUCGUGCUUGUCAGUGCUGGGGAUGUUAGCUGUGGGCGUUUCGCGACCAACGGGGAAGAGUUGGUGCGAAUCCGCGCACUGGCUGAUGAGUAUGGUGCAUGGGUCCAUGUCGAUGGAGCGUUCGGUCUACAAGCACUCAUCUUACCCGAGAAAACAGAAUACAGAAUCAUUGCAGGGGGGAUCUCUGGUAUCCUGCUGGCCGACUCACUGGCCGGUGACGCCCACAAGAUGUUGAAUGUGCCAUAUGAUUGCGGGUUCUUCUUCACUCGUUACCCUGAUCUCCAAGAAGCGGUAUUUCAGAACCCCAAUUCGCCAUAUCUAGCCACCCAAGCCUCCUCUACUCCGUCUCCGUUGAAUAUGGGCAUCGAAAAUAGCCGUCGAUUCCGGGCGUUGCCGGUAUAUGCAUCACUCCUGGCUUACGGACGCGAUUGGUUCUCUCAACUUCUGGAGCGCCAGAUUCUGUUGGCUCGCCGAAUUGCAGAGUACAUCGACCGCUCUCCACGUUACGAGCUGUUACCGGAUUCGAGGAUCGAAGCAGUAUACAUCGUCGUCCUGUUUCGAGCCCAAUCCGAGGCUCUCAAUGCCCGUCUGGUUUCGGAAGUCAAUGCGACAAAUCGACUUCGUCUGACAGUUGUUGAAUGGAGAGGAAGACCUGCAGCUCGCAUGGCUAUAGCGACCUGGCGGGUUGAGAUUGAACGUGACUUUGAAACGGUGAAGCAGAUUCUGGAAACAGUGGUAUACGAGGUCCAAGCUAGCUAGUUGUAUUGCCUCCAGCCAUCCUGUCUCUUGCCGAUCUUUGUAAUGGCAUCCCUGACGACGAGACUGGGGAGCGCUUUCUUGUCUGGUAGAACCAAACUCUUCUUGGCUUCUGGGCUCAUCAGCGCACCCUUCGUAUAGUAGUCUGCCCACAGAUCCCCUUGUACAAUGUGGGGAUUCAGCAGGAGAAAGCGGGCAAAAUCGUCGGAUCCCUCGGCAGUAGGCGGUGGACUAUCGGGAAGGCUCCUGAUGCCGAAAUGGAUCAUCUGAAUCCAAAAAUAAGUCAUGGUGAGGUGGAAUGUCCGUCCUCCAGUCUGUUCCGGACUCUCGGCUAUGUAAUGUUGUAUUCCGGCCAGAAUGAGAUCUUUGCCUAAGGGAUUCUUCAGCGUGGGAGUGAGUAAUUCCAUACCUGACUCGCCUUUCUGACGUCCAUGUUUGAGCAGGAGAAGAUAAGCAAGACGGACAUGCGUGUAGUGAUCCCAAGCAGGAAGGCAGCGCUGUUCGAAUUGCGAUAAAAAUUCGUCGCAUGACGAAUCUUCUUCCCACCGUGCAAGCCACGAAGAAAGCUUGUCUUCGAUAGAAUCAGUCCGCACUGGAGUAACAGGCGGACCGGGAUCUCCCUUUCUCGUAGACUCUGCCGCAGCCAAAAGCCACCCAAACGCGUCGAGAAACACUCCGUUGCGCAGGUCUUGAUUCAGCGCAGCUCCGACACAAAAAACACUCCGGCCUUUGAUGAUGGGGGCAAUGCGUAUUCUGAUCUCAUCCAGGGUCAUGGCUUUGGGUAAAUCCUGCUUGGUGGCAAUGCUGGAAGAAUGGUCAGUACGUGCACGAUACGUGUCGAAGCGAUGGCGAACACUAAAAUCGGGCGAUUGCGGGGCAUGUAUACUCCCGGUGUGUUGAGUCUCGCAUCGACCCGCUCGAAUUCGGCGACAGUCUCAUCGAGACGGCUGCGAUCUGAGCUGUCGAUCAGCCUUGCAGCAUGAAUCAGUGAAUAUCUGCAAGACAUAGCCUGGUGCUCACCAAAUCACAACAUGCGACCGUGACGCAAUUUCGACAAUUAUAUGAGUCAUGUGCUCGCGUCCGCAUCCUCCGACGUCCCAGCACACCAGAUUCAAGUUUUGCCCUUGGCGUGUGGGCAAGUUAACAGUCUCGACAUUGAAGCCGAUGGUGGGAAUCGUCGUCACGAUUUCACCUUACGAGGAUGUUGAAGAGUAGUUUUCCCCGACGCAUUGAGCCCGAUAAUGACAGCAACAUACUCACUGCCGGGAAAGAGAACAUUCAUGAAUCGACUCAAAAUCGACGGCAUGGCACCUGAAAGCGCUGUAGGAUGGUUAAGACAGCACCGACUGCCACUAUAUAUGCAGGCAAGCUCAGCACGGCCACUCUGGCAGUGCACCGCUGGCAGCCACGUCGCAGGUUAGAUGAGCUUGACACCAGAGUCCUGUCAGAUUGAGCAUCCGCAUGACAUCGUGAU